CACCGCUACUCGCUAGGCUGAUGUUACAAGCUAGACCAGCCUGCCUUGUCUCUGCAGCUGCUUGCGAAAGAGUUUGGGAUUAAAUCUCGCCUUUUGCCUCAUGUCUUGACCUCAAUAGUUUCUCAUCAAUUGCUAGUGCUACACAAUCCACCAUAGAUAGACAUUUCCUAACUGGACAUUUUAAUCAGUCUCCAACCAGACCUGCUGCCUUUGCAUGAAGUUAGCCAUCAAAAGUCUCUAAUAGAAGUGAAAGUGGGAGAAAGUGAAUAUGCUGGCAAGAUAUUUGGCUCCGUUAGGUGUUCUAGCAGUUGUGUUAUUGGUUCCUUCGUUCUGCCAAGAUAUCUAUCCUUACACUGAUAGAAACUGCAGAACAGAUGUGCCAUACCCGCCCAGCGAUCCCAAAGUGUCAACGUUUGUCUUGAACCUUGACCUUGACCCCAAGGACAGAUGGGCGCCACUUGCAAAGAACAAGUCUAAGGAGAUUCAGUUCUUGAUCGACGACAUCAUUGAUCUGAUUGGUAACUUCAUCAAGGACAAAACCAAAAUUACCAGCAUACUGGAUGAUAUCUUUGCUCCUAUUGCCUACACCCUUCCACAACCUUAUCAGGAUGAAAUCAUAGGAAUUUCUGAGUCAUCUGGAGUGCCUCUAGGCCAAAUUGUUUUGUUCAAUAUCUUCUAUGAAGUGAAUCCAUUUUGCACCUCAAUUGUUGCUGAAACUCCCAAUGGAACUCUCUUUCAUUCUAGAAACCUUGAUUUUGGAGUCUUUCUUGGCUGGGAUGUCAAGAAUAAGCAGUGGGAUGUAUCAGAGAGGCUCAGGCCACUCGUUGUGAACGUCGACUACCAAAAAGGCGGGAAAACGGUUGCCAAGGCUGUACACUUUGCCGGUUACAUCGGGGUUCUUACUGGAGUCAAGCCGGGUGUGGUUACCAUGACAAUGAAUGCACGCAAAAGCACUGACCCCGGAUUCUUAGGCCUUCUUCAGUGGAUCAUUGGUCAAAGGUCACAGCAGUGGAUGGGGUUCUUUGUGAGGGACACACUACUGGGAGCUACUGACUAUGCAAGUGCUAAAACCACUGUGAUCAAUGCCAAGGUAAUGUCUCCAGCCUACAUCAUAAUGGGCGGCAGCAAAAGUGGUGAGGGCGCUAUCAUCGUUGUUGACAGAAAGAAGCCGGCUUAUGUUGAAGUGCUGGAUCCGAAGAAAGGCAAGUGGUUCCUGCUUCAGACCAACUAUGACCCAGUGAAUAAGCCACCUUUCUUUGACGACCGACGCACCUCAGGUGUCAAGUGCAUGACCAACACCACUCAGAAGGCUGUGGGGCUUGGACCCAUUUACAAUGUUCUGUCUACCAAGCCAAAUCUCAAUCUGUUAACAGCCUACACAGCCAUGAUGCAAGUGGACACUGGUUAUUUGGAGACCUUCCUCCGUGAGUGCCCCCAGCCCUGCUACCCAUGGUAAACAGAACAGAAGAGAUCUGCAGGAAUUUUUUGAGCAACAACAAAAUUAUCUUGAAAUAGCUGUUUCACUGGUAUAAGUUUACAAGCAUAGUACUAUAUCAGCUUGAUGCUAACUCAUGUAGGACUACAGUGCACAACCUCCUGCUUACUGCAUGUAUUGCAGACGUCUUACCACUCAAAUAUCAAGCUUGCUGGUUUCUGAUUUGUGAAUCUGAUAAAGCCAUAAAAGUACAAGAAGGGAUGCUUUUUACACACCCGGCCUCAAUGAUCGUUUUACCUCCAUUUUUAGAUUUGUAGGUCCUAGAAUGAAUGUUGGGUUUUUUUUGUUUUUUUGACAGAAGCAUUGGGGCUGAAGAUUAAAUUGUUCUUUUUAAAUGGCAACUCCUAUGAGCAUUUCUGUGAAUUCCUUAAUGUUGAUAACUGCAUUGUUUUGUUAAAAAUAGCAUUGUGUAGCCAAAAUUCAAAUGAGCAACCAAUCACAGAAUCUCAGUGCAAAAUGUUUGUAUGAUGUUUAAUGAGCAACUUUCCUCACCACAAAAUAGAACACUGAGGUCCAGUAGUUUUAAUGUUAAUUUUAAAUUUCUGUUUCAGGGAAUCUGUGUAACAAUCAAGUCCAAUGUUUGUAUUUUGUCUGAUAUGGCUAUCAUUUUUCAAAAUAAUUAAAAAAAAGGGCCAAUGUAUUGUGUGACAAUAGUAACAUUGUAAAGAUUAAUACAUGUGUAAACAUUUUUAGCAAUGAUUACUUGAAGCUAUUAUUUUAUGAACAGAAAUAAUUGUCUCCAUUGCAAAUUGAAUUUUCUGAAAUAUCAAUGUAAAUGCAAGGACACCUUUAGCUUUGAAAAUUUUAAAAGAAAUUUUAAGAGAUAUUACAGGGAUGAAUUUGCCAAGUUAUUGUAACAUGUGACAAUUUCCUUUUGCAUAGACCAUGUGACCCUUGUUUAUCAAAUUGCAUGUCAUGUGAUGCAGUCAUUUGAUGCCCACUUUUGCCAGGAAAAAGCAAAUCCACUCUUCAAUGUAUACAUCACUUGAGAUAGAGUUCAGUUUGAAAAAAAUGGUGUUACAUUAUGUGGAUUUUAAAAACCUGAACGAGAUGCUUAUGUGGCAUUUUUGCCUUCCAGCAACCAACAGGCAUGAUGUCAAAGGUGACAUAAUUAUAAAUACAGCGCAUUAAAAUGCAAUAUUCCAUUCUGAAAUGACAUCCAAGAAAAUUAAACCAACUCGUGAGCUUUCAUGACCUUUAUGUGUGCUUCCAUGAUCAGUGCUUGUACAUACAGUAAUACUAAUCUUUAAAACUUAAUUAUCAAUUCAAUGAGUUCUUUCUGGUACACUGACCUCAAUUUUAUACUAAUUUUUUAAUCUAUGAAAAGCAGUGUGUAAAUUUAAUAUGUUAGUGAAAUUUAUUUAGAUAUAAAGAUUCAUAUAUAUUUUUUUAAUUUCAUACUUUGUAUGUAAAAUGAUUGUUUUUUAUCAUAUGAAAUCAUAUGAACAGAUGGUAAAAAAGGAUUUCACAAAAAUGUACUCAAUACCCAAGUUUUCAAGCCGGUGCAAAUGACAGGAAAUGUGAUUGUGAAUCAUUUUUAUGUGACAGAUUU